GACCUUCUUUCUUCACUCAUUACACUAUCCAGCAUCAUUCAGAAGCGUGGCCUCUCAAACAUUUAAUAUAUUCAGCAUUUUGCCUCUCGUUCAGAUUGCGCCGAACUAGUCCACCAUGGCUAUUUGCAUCACGUUCGGAACUCAUGAGUUCUCGUCCAUGCUGGAGGGAUAUGAGCAUGUUAGGGCUUAUUGCUAUAAUUGUGGGAAUUGGAAUGGGCAUUGCGUGACUCGAUGGCCUUUCUUUACCGUUUGCUUUGUGCCUGUGAUCCCACUCGCAAUGCAUAAAUACAAAGAAGUAACAUGCUAUACAUGUCGCUUUACCCAGGACUUACGCGAUCGCCCUGAAAUCACCCCAGAAACGAGGCCGCCUCCGGGUGUAGUACCUGGUCGUCCACAGCCGCCUCCGCAGGUGUAUGCGCAUGGAGCGCUGCCUCAAGGACAGGAACAGGGACAGGCCCCGCCUCCGAAUUAUGGGUAUAAGUGAGGAGUGGGGAGCUAGUGGG